AUGCUCACUGGGUUUGCCUCUUGGAAAUGGCUCCGGUCUUGCUGUCCAUUUCAUGCAAUGUGCUAUUCUGGACCAGAGCCGCGUUCGUGGUCGCAGACUGGUCCGGAUGGGUCACCGUGGCCUUUCUUCAAUGUCCAUGGUGAAAACGGCACCAAUGCCUGCCCCAACAAUUGUUGUGGUGCCAACGACACGGCCCACUACUGCUUGUGGGACCUUUCUCAGGGUGCUCUUUUGGAAGAUCAGAUUAACAAUGCCGAGGCGGCCAGUCGCCUCCAGGCUGCUGCCAAAAACUUUCGCGAAACAGGACAGCCUUUCUUUUUAGGCCAAGGCUAUCACCGACCCCAUUUGCCCUGGAUCAUUCCCAAACCCUUUUAUGACGCUAUGGAGACCCCUACCGAGGCGACACAUCAGGCCUGGCCGGCUGACCGACCAGCCAUCCACUUUCACGACUGCGCCGAAAUGUCCCAUCCCUAUUGGGAUACCAACGGCUGGGGUGUACCGCUGGACCAGGGCGACUAUUUCGCAAGCCAUCAAGGCGAAAUGCGUCGUGCUUACUAUGCCGCCGUCAGCUACAUUGACUCUUUGAUGGGGGAUUUGUUACAAGUGCUGGAUACCGAAGGGAUUGCCGAUGACACGAUUGUGCUUGUUAUGGGUGAUCACGCCUUUAUGAUGCGAGCUCCCUUCAUGCCCAAUGCGACGGGCAAAAUAACCAACGCUCUGGCCGAGGUUGUGGACAUUUACCCCACCUUGGUUGAGCUGGCCGGUCUCCAACUCCCCACCGGUGCCGCUGGCGAGUACUUGGGUGGGACCUCACUCAAACCCGUGUUGGAAGAUCCGACCACCAGCGUGAAAAAGGUCGCAUUGUCCCAGUUUCCUCGCUGCUGGCAGAACAACACCCAGCAUCCAUCAGGCAAUAAACCGGGCGAUGAGAACAACCAAACCGUAUCUUGGGAAUCCAUGAGCGACUGUCACUGGACCUAUCGAGAGGGAUUUGACUUUAUGGGAUACCGCAUGAGGACAGAGGAGUGGGCGCUCACCCAAUGGGUGCGAUGGAAUGGUACUUCUUUGCGCCCAAACUGGAAUCAAACAGUCGGGCUCGAACUCUAUGAUCAUCGCAACAACACCGGUAUGGCCCCAUCUGCAUUUGACGACUUUGAGAACGAGAACCUGGCCUACGAGCCUGCACUGCAACCAGUGUUGAUGCAACUUCUGGAGCAGCUGCACCAAGAGUUUGCCAAAUGGUGGACGCCCAAUCCUUAG